UGUUUCCGCGGCGCGGCCUUUCGCAGCAGCACCGGCACCGGAAGGGCGCAGCAGCCGCAGCCGUCCGGGCGCAGAGGGAGUUCUGUGGGGAGUGGGCAGUUGUGUCCGCAGGGGCCGUGGGCUGAGGCCCCGAGCUGAGCCGCCGCCAUGGGGAAGCGGCAGCACCAGAAGGAUAAGAUGUACAUCACGUGCGCGGAGUACACGCAGUUCUACGGGGGCAAGAAAGCAGACCUUCCACGAACUAAUUUCAGACGUUUGUCAUUUGAUCACUGCAGUUUGUCUCUACAGCCAUUUGAAUACCCAGUUUGCACACCAGAUGGGACAGUCUUUGACAUACUGAGCAUUGUUCCUUGGAUAAAGAAAUAUGGAACUAAUCCAAUCACAGGAGAAAAACUAGAUGCCAAAUCACUGAUAAAGCUGAAUUUUGCUAAAAACAGUGAAGGUAAAUAUCACUGUCCAGUGCUGUUUACUGUAUUCACCAAUAACUCUCAUAUUGUGGCCAUCAAGACAACUGGAAAUGUGUUUGCCUACGAGGCAGUUGAGCAGCUGAACAUAAAACCAAAGAGCUACAAGGAUCUUUUGACAGAUGAGCCCUUCACUAGGCAAGACAUUGUGACACUGCAGGAUCCAACAAACCUGGAUAAGUUCAAUGUCUCAAACUUCUUUCAUGUUAAGAACAACAUAAAAGUAAUAGAUCCAGAUGAAGAAAAAGCCAAAUUAGAUCCAUCAUACUAUUUGAAAAAUACAAAUACAGAGACCCGAGAGACUUUAUUGGAGCUUUAUAAGGAAUUCAAAGGUGAUGAUAUUCUAGCAGCUACUAUGAAGGCUCCUGAAAAGAAGAAAGUGGAUAAGCUGAAUGCUGCUCACUAUUCCACUGGAGCAGUAAGUGCUUCCUUCACCUCCACUGCAAUGGUUCCUGAAACUACACAUGAAGCAGCUGCUAUUGAUGAAGAUGUUGUGAGAUACACAUACGUGAAGAAGAAGGGCUAUGUGCGACUUCACACUAAUAAGGGAGACUUAAACUUGGAGCUGCACUGUGAUAUGACACCCCGGACCUGUGAAAACUUUAUCAAAUUGUGCAAGAAGAACUAUUAUGAUGGAACAAUUUUUCACAGAUCAAUUCGUAAUUUUGUGAUCCAAGGAGGUGAUCCGACUGGAACAGGAACAGGAGGAGAAUCUUACUGGGGAAAACCUUUCAAAGAUGAAUUUAAGCCCAACUUGUCCCACACAGGACGUGGUGUUCUUAGUAUGGCAAAUUCAGGACCCAACACAAACAAAUCACAGUUCUUCAUCACAUUCCGCUCUUGUGUGUAUCUGGACAAGAAACAUACGGUUUUUGGAAGGGUGGUUGGUGGCUUUGAGACUCUGACUGCUAUGGAGAACGUGGAAAGUGACCCCAAAACAGACCGUCCCAAGGAGGAAAUACGAAUUCAGACAACAACUGUUUUUGUUGAUCCAUAUGAAGAAGCAGAUGCCCAGGUUGCUGCUGAAAGAGAGAAGGUGCAGCUAGAAGAAGCAGCAGCCAAGGCAAAAGCUGAAGUGGUCCCACCGAAGAAAGAGGUCCAGACUCCUAAAACUUACCGGCAGGGGAUUGGAAAAUACAUUAACAUGGCUGCAGCGAAGCGCAGCAUGGAAGAUGACGGCCCCUCAACCAGCACAGCUGUGAAGAAAGAGAAGAAGAGCACAGGCUUCGGGGACUUCAGCUCCUGGUAGCAGUGUGGGGAGCCUAGCACUGGAGCAGC